AACAGAAAAAAGUACUUUAUGCUGUUUAAAUUUUGAGUUAGCCCUUGGAUUGAUUAUGUGAUACAUUUCUAUUGAAUGUGAGCACGCACAAACUAAGUUAAUUGUGCUCCCAACAAUUUAUAAAUGUUUCCACGAUGGAGGUAAGAAGUGUGCUACUCUACUGCAUCUUCUUGAGUGCUAAUUAUGCAGCUAAUACUCUGAAUAUCCACCACUUCAAGCUGAAUGCGACUAUAAGUGACUUAAUAACCCAUUCCCUGAGCAGUUGUAUCGCUGGUAACCCAAAGCAAUUCCAACUUGGAAGCAACAUUUUGUUCUCUGAAUUCGUAACAAGAGAGGAUGAGAGCAUAUACUUUGUUGACUUUUUUAUCAAAGCUUUGGGAUCCCAACGUAAGGUGAUUCAUAACAAUAUUUUGAACGAAGCUGGUAAGAGAUAUGAACAUUUUGCUGGCAGCUUUCCAGAUACUUUGAUUAUACAUAUCGAGCAUGCAGAAGAUUUAGAAAAUAACACUAUGUUUUUGUAUCCAUUUGACACCAUCAAUCCAACUGUCAUUGUGAUAUGUACUAAUGCAUCUUCAAAACCAAAUAGACUAGCAAGACAUAUUUUUAAUGUGUCUUUGGCGAGACGUUUGUUAAAUACUAUAAUUUUGCUUCCUGAACCUAGCAAUAUCACAACAUUCAAUAUAUACAGCUGGUCAUCAAAAAAAGGGCAUUGCUUAAAGUCUAUAAAGGUGCACAAAGUGAAUAGUUGCAGCUUUGGCAAUAUGGCAACAAGUGAGAAGAUUAUCAGUACAAGAAGGAUGUUUAACAAAUGUACCUUGAAUGUGGGCUAUAAGAUAAGUCCUCCUCAUGUUAUUGAGGUAAAUCAAACACUUACAGGAAUCGAAGUUGACCUUUUAAGUUUACUAAGUGAGAAACUUGGAUUCCAACUUAAUUUCAAUGAUAGCGUGACGUUUUGUGACGCAGGAGGGAAUCACGCAGAAGCUUUGAUGAACAAAUUGGAGAGCCAUGAAAUAGACUUCGCGAUUGGAAGUUUAGUAAGGACAGAAAAUAGGUGCAAUACUUUUGACUGUAGUCACACAAUAAAUUUGAAAUCUCAAGCUGUUUGGUGUGUACCUCGUGUACCAGACCGAAUGGGAAGUGCUUUGGCAGGCUACAUCUGGAACGAUGUUUGGAUCUAUGUGUUGGUGUUAUAUUUAUCUCUGACCAUCUGCACUUGGUUUGUAAGCCGUUCCCAAGACAGUUACUUCAAAUAUUUUCUUAAUAUAAUGUUCGCUUACUUUGCAGCAAUAUUCCUGGUUGCUCAAAAUCGACAACCAAAGACAUGGUAUGGCAGAUACUUCUUUGGUUUAAUUUUAUUGUUGGGAAUGUACAUAGGCAUUAUUCUUGGUGACGUAGUUACAAGCAUACUAACCAGCCUAUACAAAACCGAAAGGUACAACACUCUAGAUGAUAUACAAGUAUGAUUUACCUACACAUUUCGCUUUCAACUUUUUACGUUAUAAUAAAUAUGAGAGUGAUGAGCGAUAUUUGUAUGGAGUACCUAUUAAAAGGAUGAUAAGAAAAUAUAUAUAUUCAAAAGACGCAACAGAAACAUUGUUGAAUGUCACAAAAAAUCAUAUUUCGUUUUGCUUACCUGACACCCAAUUCAGCUAUUGUAUGACGAAUGACGAGAAAGUGAGAAGCAUUAGAAGCAAAAUAAAGUGUAUGAAAAGCACCAAUGAACAGGGUUUUGACGUGAUAAUAUGGAUGAGAAAACGAUUUCUUCAGUCUGAAGCAUUUGUUAAGAAUCUAAAGAGAAUCAUAGACGCGGGGUUUAUUGAAAAAUGGACGAAUUACUUGAAUCUGCAGGAUAUCAGUCAACGAUUACUUGCCAGAGAGGGAGCUAUUAAGGAUCCAGAAAUAAAAUUUGAGGAAAUCAAGACGAUAUUUGUUCUACUGCUUGUCGGACAUGCCUUAGCUGCUUCCGUACUUAUACUGGAACUAUGGUAUUCGAAGAGAUCCAGGAAAUAUUGAUGACGAUACAAUAAAGCAAGAGAUGUUACAAUAGUUCUUCAAAGUAAAGCCUGCCGCACACUUGCAAUGUAUUAAAGCACCAUUUAUUGUAUUUGAG